AUGGCCUUUGAGGAGCUUCUGGAUAAAGUUGGUGGCCUGGGGAAAUUCCAGAUACUUCAGAUGGCUUUAAUUUUUCCUUCUUACACGAUAGUAGUCUGUCACAUACUGUUGGAGAACUUCACUGCAGCUGUUCCUGGCCAUCGCUGCUGGAUCCACAUUCUUGAUAAUGCCACUGUCUCUGAUAAUGCCACUGCGAUCCUCAGCCCUGAUGAAGAUUCAUGUGAUGAUCCUCUUCUGGCCGAUUUCCUUCUCUUCCAGUGGGACCUAGUAUGUGACCAUCAGUCACAGAAAUCGAUGGUUCAAUCCCUAUUCAUGGCUGGAAUGCUGGUGGGAGGCUUCAUUUAUGGCCAUCUCUCAGACAGGUUUGGGCGCAAAUUGAUCCUCAGGUGCUGUUUGCUCCAGCUCGCCAUCUCGGGGACCUGUGCAGCCUUUGCCCCCACCUUCCUCAUUUACUGCGCCCUACGCUUCUGGUCAGGCUGUUCUGCUGAGGCCAUCGUGGCAAAUAACAGUAUGCUCAUUGUAGAGUGGGUAAGGUCCCAGUCAAAAGCCAUGGUAAUAACACUGAUAGCCUGUGCUGUUAGUAUUGGACAGACGAUGCUGGGAGGACUGGCUUUUGUCUUUCGAGAGUGGCGCACCCUGCAGCUGGUGGUGUCUGUACCUUUCUUUGUCUUCUUUCUCUCCUCAAGGUGGCUGGUGGAAUCUGCUCGGUGGCUGAUUGUCACCAAUAAACCAGAUGAGGGCUUAAAGGGACUUCGAAUAGUUGCACACCGAAAUGGAAUGAAGAAUGCUGAAGCCGCCCUGAACAUGGAGGGUUUGAGAGCAGCCAUGCGGGAGCAGCUGGAGGCAGCACAGACCAAAACAACUGUGUUUGACUUGUUCCGCACACCCAACCUGCGUAAAAGGAUCUGUCUCCUGUCCUUUGUGAGAUUUGCAAACACAGUACCCUAUUAUGGUAUCUUUAUGAAUCUACAGCACUUUGGGAGCAAUAUAUUCCUGUUCCAGGUAAUCUUUGGAGCUCUCACUAUCUCCGCUCGAUGUCUUGCACUCCUAGUACUGAAUCACAUGGGCCGUCGACUAACCCAGAUGCUUUUCAUGUUCCUUGUGGGACUUUCCAUUUUGGCCAACAUGUUUGUGCCCCAAGAAAUGCAGACCCUACGUUUGACUUUGGCAAGUGUGGGAAUGGGCUGUGUUGCUGCCGCUGUCUCCAGUAAUGCUGUCCAUAACUCUGAACUCGUGCCCACUCUCCUCAGAGCAAAAGCUUCAGGAUUAAAUAUGAUGGCUAGUAGGUGUGGGGCAGUACUGGCUCCCCUGCUGAUGACCCUAGUGGUGUUUCUACCCAGUUUACCCUGGAUCAUCUAUGGAGUGUGUCCUAUCCUUGCUGGUCUUGUCGUCUUUCUUCUACCUGAAACCAGGAAUAUGCCUCUGCUUGACACCAUCCAGGAUGUGGAAAAUAAGUGA